AUGGACGACCUCAGCGAGCUGGAGAAGCUCGAAUCUGGGCUACACGAACUCGAGCCGAUACCAACAGACACGAUCUCGCUGAACGAUGCCUCCACCGACGAGAAAUCACGUCUUCCACGAAGCAGCACAACCGGGCUAGGCCUGUCGCAACACUCGGCAAUAUGGUAUCUCCAACGAGUGCAGAAAUAUUCAUCCUACGUGUUUACGGCUUUCGCGACGAUGCACAUCACCAACACGUCAAUAGUACCGCUUCUCACUCAGAGCGUUCCAGCCUCAGAGCCGUACCUCCUCCUCACGAGGCCGUACUACCAAUCGCCCGGAGUUGAGCCCUUGAUGGUCGCGUUACCACUGUGGGGUCAUAUCCUAUCCGGCGUAGCAAUUCGAGUCAUCAGAAGGAAUCAGAACGCGAAAAGAUAUGGAGACGCAUACAGUCAAGAGAACAAAGCCAGCUUCUUCACGAAGUUCUGGCCAAAGGUCUCGGGUACCAGUAGGUUGGGAUAUAUCUUCGUGCCACUUGCACUAGGUCACAUUGUGCUCAAUCGAGCCAUACCACGCGCAUACAAAUCUGGAGGCGGCAAUGUGGAUCUAGCAUACGUGAGCCACGCGUUUGCGAAGCAUCCGAUCGUGUCCUUUGCUGGGUUUGCGGCGCUGCUGAGUGUGGGCUGUUUCCAUAUGACCUGGGGAUAUGCGAAAUACUUUGGCUGGACGCCGGACCAAGUUACAGAUACGGGAGCAAAGAGGGAGUUGAGGAAGAAGAGAAGGUGGUAUAUUAUCAAUGCUGUUGCUGCUGCCGUCACUGGAUUAUGGAUGGCAGGCAGCUUCGGCGUGGUCGCUCGUGGAGGCGAGGCAGCGGGCUGGGUUGCAAGAGAGUACAACGAGAUGUACAGGAUGAUUCCUAUUGUUGGGAGAUGCUUGUAA